AUGUCGGUAGGAUUUUUCGGGCUGAAAUUUGGGAUUUUUUGAGUCCGGAUAAGCUUAGGCCUGAUUUUAGGCCGAAAAUUGGAUUAGGCCUGAAAAUUUGGAGAAUUUUGAGCCCAAACAAGCCUGGGCCUGGUUUUCAGGCCGAAAUUUGGGAUUUUUUGAGUCUAAACAAGCCUAGGCCUGAUUUUUGGACCCGAAAACGUCCUUAGGCCCGAUUUUAGGCCCAAAUUCAUGAUCUAUAUGAAAUUUGACGAAUUUUGAGCCCAAACAAGGCUGGGUUCUGAAAAUUUAAAAUUUUUAGGCCUAAAUUGGGCCCUAGGCUUGUUUAGGCUCAAAAAAACCCUGAAAAUUCCAGAUUUUUGGCUGAAAAUGCUCAAAAUUUGUGUUUUUCAUCAAUUUUGAGCCGAAAACCGUGAAAAUUGAUGGAUUUUGACCAAAAAUAGCAAUUGCGCUCCAUUGAACUCUACCCGUUUUCAAGAAAAAUUCAAAUUUUUAAUUUUUUUUUAUUCCAAGCCUGAAAUCGGGCCUAGGCUUGUUUAGACUCAAAAAACCCCAAAUUUUGAAGCCCAAUCCAAUUCAGGCCCUAAAAUCGGGCCUAGGCUUAUCCGGACUCAAAAAAUCCCCAUUUUCCAGGUCCUUGUCCCCCUGGUUACUGUAGAUGGAAUCGAUUCAAUUUUGCUAACCAAAAGAAGUAUUCAUUUGCGGAAUCAUCGCGGAGAAAUAUGUUUUCCGGGCGGAAAAAAAGAUGAAACGGAUGAAAAUAGUGAGAAAACUGCAUUGAGAGAGACGGAAGAGGAAAUUGGGAUAAGAAAAGAGGAUAUUGAGGUAGAGGAUGGAAACUGGGCCUUUUUUUGAGCCUAAGCAAGCCUGGGCCUGAAAAUUUGCAAUUUUUUGAGCCUAAACAAGCCUGGGCCCGAGUUUAGGACGAAAAUUUGCAAUUUUUUGAGCCCAAAUAGGCCUGGGCUCGAAAAACCUCAAUUUUGAGCUGAAAAUCAUGAAAAAUGAUGGAUUUUGGGCCAAAAAUAGCAAAUGCGCUCCAUUGAACUCUCCCCGUUUUCAAAGAAAAUUCAAAUUUUCAAUUUUUUCAAAUUUUUCAAAAUUUUUCAUAUUUUUUCAGUGAAUAAAUCUGAUUUCUCUGAAAAUCAGCAAUUUCAAGCAUUUUCAGCCUGAAAUUGUUAAAAAUCUGAAAUUUUCAGCACAGAAUUGGUUUUUUCUGAAAAUUCUGCUUAAAAUAAGCAAUUUCAAAAGGUUUAUAUGAAAAAUCACAAUUUUCAGUCAAUUUUCUGUAAUUUUCAGUUAGAAACUGAAUUUGCGGCUCAAAAUUCCCCAUUAAAAAAAAUGAAAAUUUGAAUUUUUCAUAAAAACGGGGAGAGUUCAAUAGAGCGCAUUUGCUAUUUUUGGCUCAAAAUUCUUCAAUUUUCACGGAUUUUGGCUGAAAAUUGACGCAAAACACGAAUUUUGAGCAUUUUCAGCCAAAAAUCUGGAAUUUUCAGGCUUUUUUUUUAGCCUAAGCCUAAAACCCAAUUUCGGCCUAAAAUUUUUUUUUAAAUUUCAGAACCCAGUCUUGUUUGGGCUCAAAAUUCGUCAAAUUUCACGUAGAUCAUGAAUUUGGACCUGAAAUUGGACCUAAGGACGUUCUCAGACUCAAAAAUCAGGCCUAGGCUCAUUUGGGCUCAAAAAAUCCCAAAUUUUUGGCCUAAAAUCGGGCCCAGGCUUGUUCGGACUCAAAAAAUCGCAAAUUUUCAGCCCUCUCCAUUUUUCCAGAUCUGGUCCCCUCUCAAAUCUGUCGUCCGCCGUCAACGUGAUUUUCUCGUAACUCCAUUCGUCGGCCGAAUUCCCGAAAAUGCUCUUCACAAUCUCAAAAUUCAACAAUCCGAAGUUCAGUCGGUUUUCAGUGUUCCUUUAGAGGAAUUGUGCCACGUGGCACAGUAUACCAAAUUUUUGGCGCCAAAAAUCAAAUAUACGCUGCCCGUGUUUGAGAGCAAAGAAUUUAAGGUAACUUGGGAUUUGGGGAGGCUGAAAAUUGACUGAAAAUGUGAUUUUUGAGCUGAAAAUGUUCAAAAUUGCUCAUUUUUGAUGAAUUUUGGCUCAAAAUGGCUCAUUUUCAGCCAAAUUUGCUCAUUUUCAUUCCAGAUCACUACAAUGCUCCAAAUGAAUAUCUGCAUUCAACUCAACGAAUUUGGGGUCUAA